UUACAGGCUGAAUGGUGUGGACCUCCCCAUGACGUCAGCGCGUCUGCCUUCCUAGCAUAAAAAGUCGAGCGCUGCGCCAGAGGACCAGGCUUGCAGAGAGAUUCACCGUGAGACGAGUCUACCUUUCAACGGGAUCGAGAAACACCGAGAUAAUAUUAAUAAUUAGUAAUACGGAGUUAGCAUUGUAACAUAUUACCUUUGGUGACAAUGAUGAACGGACAGAUGAAUGGUUUUCAUAACUCCCUGAUUGAGGAGGACUGCUUCUUGUUCACGUCAGAGUCGGUCGGAGAAGGACACCCCGACAAGAUCUGUGAUCAGAUUAGUGAUGCUGUUCUAGACGCCCAUCUCAAGCAGGACCCUGAUGCCAAAGUUGCAUGUGAGACUGUUGCCAAGACCGGGAUGAUCCUGUUGGCCGGUGAGGUGACAUCACGUGCCACUGUGGACUACCAGAAAGUUGUUCGUGACACCAUCCGUCAGAUCGGAUAUGAUGACUCCUCCAAAGGUUUUGACUACAAGACCUGCAAUGUUCUUGUGGCCUUGGAGCAGCAGUCUCCUGACAUUGCUCAGGGUGUUCACAUCGACCGCAAUGAGGAGGACAUUGGGGCUGGGGACCAGGGCAUUAUGUUUGGAUAUGCCACUGAUGAGACUGAGGAGUGUAUGCCUCUCACAAUUGUCCUGGCCCACAAACUGAAUGCUAAGAUGGCUGAACUGCGACGCAACGGCACUCUUCCGUGGCUCCGACCAGACUCCAAGACACAGGUUACUGUCCAGUACCGCCAGGAUCGUGGAGCCAUGCUUCCAGUGCGCGUGCACACAAUUGUGAUCUCUGUUCAGCAUGAUGAGCAUGUUUGCCUGGAGGAAAUGAGAGAUACUCUAAAGGAGAAAGUCAUCAAGGCUGUUGUUCCAUGCAUCUAUUUGGAUGAUGACACUAUCUACCACCUACAGCCCAGUGGGCGAUUUGUCAUCGGAGGCCCACAGAGUGAUGCUGGCCUCACUGGACGUAAAAUCAUUGUCGACACUUACGGAGGCUGGGGAGCCCACGGUGGUGGAGCCUUCUCUGGGAAAGAUUACACGAAGGUGGACCGUUCUGCUGCUUAUGCUGCACGCUGGGUAGCCAAGUCUCUGGUGAAAGCUGAGCUCUGCAAGAGGGUGUUGGUCCAGGUGUCCUAUGCCAUUGGAGUUGCCCAUCCCCUAUCCAUUUCUAUCUUCCACUAUGGGACCUCCCGCAAGAGUGAGAGAGAGCUGCUUGACAUUGUGAAGAGGAACUUUGAUCUCCGUCCUGGAGUCAUUGUCAGGGAGCUGGAUCUGAAGAAGCCCAUGUAUCAGAGGACUGCAGCCUAUGGCCACUUUGGGCGAAACUCCUUCCCAUGGGAGAUGCCUAAAAAACUCAAAUACUAAACUUGUUAAGCUUUUCCCCCAGGCCUGUUGGUGUAUACUACAGAGAAGCCUCCAAGGUUCCGGGGUGAAAUGCCUUUUUCUCUUUUCUUAAUAAUGCUAUCAUUUAACAUGACUACUUUCCACACUCCACCUCUCUCCUUUUGUCUUUUUACGAUUUUCUGCUGGCUGCAGUAUUAUGCUGGGUCCUAUAGGAGGCGUGCCUCAAACUUGAUGUUUUAAAGGACUGGAUGGGUUCCAUGAACUCAUUCCCAUAGUACUUGAUGUUCUGUCACGUCGUGAGGGUUCCCUUGCUUCUUGUUGUGAUAGACCCUGAAUAGAUUGCUCACCUGUUCUCCUUUUGGCUUUCCACACUUGUCAACAUCGUCUGUCUUCUCUUCUCAGUGUCAUGGCAGUACCAUACUAGGCUAUAUGUGAUGUCCCUCUUAAUUUACUGGUGCUAUUGAAGCAAGGAGUCUGCACAACACCUAAUGUAUUUCAAGUCCAUUUAGAAGUUUAAUUUGUUAGUUGGAGGGUGUUUUUGAUCUAGCACCUUCCUAAUCAAGUUUAGCUUCUUUGUAAACAUUCCUCCUCUGUUAGUCUAGUAGUUAUUUCCUGACCCAGUGUUGUUUAUCCUUUUUUGUUAGCUUUAUUCCUGUGUCUUUGUGGAGGAUGCUAGAAUGGCACAAGUGAAAUUCAAGGGUUGUUCCUAUUUUCACUAAAAAUGCUAUGCAUUGCAGGAUAAGGGGCAAACCAAAUUGUUAUUAUUCAGGCUCUUCAAUGAGCAUAAAGCUUCACAUGCCCCUACAGAUCAUUGCUGUUUUCUGACGUAAUACAGAAAAGUCAGAAGCUGCUCACUGCUCUGGUCUGCAGAGGUUUUGGUUAUACUUGAUAUUGACAGAAAAAUUGGGAUUGUUUUGUGCAUUGAAAUUCAAUUUUAAAUGAGUCAUUUUUAAAUGUUUCUUUUUUUUUCCUCUAUGGUUUGAAGUGACUAAAGGCUCUUAUACUCCGUAAGUAUACUGAUGGCAGGUGUGGCUACAGAGAAACCUGGUUCCCAUCUUUAUUCUUGCAGGGGUGUCUUCUUUGCCACAGCUUUCUUAGCUUGGUGACAGACCUCAACACUAUUUAUUUGUUCUCUGAAACUAGGCGUGGAUACAGAGAAGCUGACGUUUCAGAAGGCAGCUUUAAACACAGUGAAUCUUGAAUUCCUUUUGACUUGAUCGCUUCAGUGUUUUGAUUGAGGCUCCAGAGUGUUGUACAGAAAAGCUUUGGUCCACCUCAACAGGAAAGUGUCACUGGCUACUAUUUACUAUUUAACAACCAUCUUUUUUUAUUUUUGGAUGGCAGAUCUUAGGUGGGUUUUAAAUCCCAUUAAACUGUCUGUACGUCUUGAGCUCUUUCCUAGCCAUCAAUGAGUUGGCAACAUUUGGUUGGUGUAGUACAGAGAAACCAGCCUAGUUUACAUGGCCAUCUCAUGUUGGAUGGUGUUUCAAGUUUUGUUUUUUUUCCCCUUUUACCCCUCGGACAUCAUCCUGUUGGCUACAGUAUGUGUAAGAGUGCCUUUCUGUUUCCUCUACUCCCCUACUGCUUUUUGCCCUUUCUACCAACAUGCAUUCAACUUCCAGAGGAACAAGUAGCUCAUACUGUAUUAUGCUUUAUGUCUAAACUGGGUAGUUUCCUUAUGCUCUGUAAUAAACUGCUCUUUCAAAUGUC